CCGCUCGCUGCUCCGCCGCUGCUCGGACUCCGGCUGCGUCUCGCGGGUCGGCUUUUCGUAAGGGGGCCUUGCGCCGCCGGGCGCGCGCCGUCCCCCUGCCUCGCGGCGCGGGGUCUCGCGGGCCCCGCUCCCGCCCUCCGCUCGCCUGGCCCGGACCGGAAGCGGCGCCGCACGGCCUGGGCCUGGCGCGGGGGGCGGGCACCGGGGCCCGGUCGGACAUGGGCAAGAAGCACAAGAAGCACAAGUCGGACAAACACCUCUACGAGGACUACGUGGAGAAGCCCCUGAAGCUGGUCCUGAAAGUGGGCGGGAACGAGGUCACCGAGCUCUCCACCGGCAGCUCGGGGCACGACUCCAGUCUGUUCGAAGACAGAAACGACCAUGACAAACAUAAGGAUCGAAAGCGGAAGAAGAGGAAGAAGGGAGAGAAGCAGGCUCCGGGGGAGGAGAAGGGGCGAAAGCGGAGGCGGGUCAAGGAGGAUAAAAAGAAACGAGAUCGAGACCGUGUGGAGACUGAGGCAGAAAAAGACCUCCAGUGUCAUGCUCCUAUAAGAUUAGACUUGCCUCCUGAGAAGCCUCUCAGCUCGUUAGCUAAACAAGAAGAAGUAGAACAGACGCCCCUUCAAGAAGCUUUGAAUCAACUGAUGAGACAAUUGCAGAGAAAGGACCCAAGUGCUUUCUUUUCAUUUCCUGUGACUGAUUUUAUUGCUCCUGGCUACUCCAUGAUUAUUAAACAUCCAAUGGAUUUUAGUACCAUGAAAGAAAAGAUCAAGAACAAUGACUACCAGUCCAUAGAGGAACUAAAGGAUAACUUCAAACUAAUGUGUACUAAUGCCAUGAUUUAUAACAAACCAGAGACCAUUUAUUAUAAAGCUGCAAAGAAGCUGUUGCACUCAGGGAUGAAAAUUCUUAGCCAGGUAAAGGAAACUGUCUUUGUCACAAAUAAUAAUUACCAUAAAAUCUAUAUCCUUGUGUUUGUUAUAGAGAUGAAAGAAUUCAGAAGUCUAAAGCAAAGCAUAGACUUCAUGGCAGACUUGCAAAAAACUCGAAAACAGAAAGACAGAACCGAUGCUUCACAAAGUGGGGAGGAAAGUGGCUUGCUGGCACGAGAGAGAGAAGACUCUGGAGAUGUUGAAAGCACCAGCCUUCAAAAGUCCAACAAGGACAACAGAAAAAAGACAGAGAUGUUACUUGAAGAUAAGUGGAGAAGCAACAACUCAGAAAAGGGGAGCAGGAGCAGAUUGACCGUGGCUGUCCAGGAGUCUGGGGGGAAGCUGACCCGGCGGCUAGCAAACAGUCAGCUGAAUUUUGAAGAAGAAAAACCAGAUGGAACAACAACAUUCGGGUUCUUCAUUCCGGUGGAUCCCAUUGUAGGAGAACCAGGCUACUGCCCUGUAAGACUGGGAAUGACGACUGGAAGACUUCAGUCUGGAGUGAAUACAUUACAGGGGUUCAAAGAGGAUAAAAGGAACAAAGUAACCCCAGUGUUAUACUUGAAUUAUGGACCCUACAGUUCUUAUGCCCCACAUUAUGACUCCACAUUUGCAAAUAUCAGCAAAGAUGAUUCUGAUCUAAUCUACUCAACCUAUGGGGAAGACUCUGGCCUUCCAAGUGAUUUCAGCAUCCAUGAGUUUUUGGCAACAUGCCAAGAUUAUCCAUAUGUUAUGGCAGAUAGUUUGCUGGAUGUUUUAACAAAAGGAGGGCAUUCUAGGACCCUGCAGGAGUUGGAAACGUCAUCACCUGAAGACGAAGGCCAGACCAGGACAUUUGAUACAGCAAAAGAAAUGGAGAUUAUAGAAGUAGAGCCAGCAGGGCGUUUGGACUCCAGCACUCAGGACAGACUCACAGCACUAAAAGCAGUAACAAACUUCGGUGCUCCAGUUGAAGUGUUUGACUCUGAAGAGGCUGAGGUGUUCCAGAGGAAGCUCGACGAGACCACGAGAUUACUCAAGGAGCUCCAGGAUGCGCAGAAUGAGCGGCUGAGCACCAGGCCCCCUCCCAACAUGAUCUGUCUUUUGGGUCCCUCAUACAGAGAGAUGCACCUCGCUGAACAAGUGACCAACAACCUUAAAGAACUUGCACAGCAAGUGACUCCAGGUGAUAUUGUAAGCAUGUACGGAGUUCGAAAAGCAAUGGGGAUUUCCAUUCCUUCCUCCAUCGUAGGAAACAGCUUCAUAGAUUUAACAGAAGAUCCUGAAGAUCCUAAGAAGACUGAUGUUGCUGAGUGUGGACCUGAUGGGAGCGAAAGCUAACUGGUAUUUGAUUAUAUAUUAUGUACAUAUUUUUUUCAUUCUGAACUUGGAAAUGCUUUUCAGAAGAUAAUAACUAUUCAUAAAUUGUGUUUUUAUAAACUUGGAACAGUUAAUUUUAAUGUUCCAGAGAUUGGGCUUCUAUUAAGUAAUAAAACUGAGCCUGGAACUCUCAGAGGAGUAUUGUGCAUAUCAACUAAGUUACCCUUGAGGAGGCUGUGUCUGAGAAACCCAGAACAUGACACCCUUUUUUGUGAUCAUCUCUUAAAGGAGCAAAUUCUCAAAAUAACUGAAAUCCUUUAUUUUUCACACUCCCCAUUAAAGAAAUUAUAACCAGGUAGUUCCAUAAUAUUUAUUUCAUAAACGUGGAAUAAAUAUUUUGAUGAUAUUUAUUUAGAAAGUGGCCCUUGUGAACAAGGCAUAUAGCUUUGGGUUAUUGCCACACCUGGGCAGUGUUCUUUCAGAAUAGUGCUCAUGCUGCUUGUGCUUUAUCAACUGGACUGCAAGGAGCUUUUUUUUAAAAUAGCCCCAUUCAGUGAGAUUUCCCAUCAUUAUACCAUGAAAACAAGCACACUUAAAAUAAUUUUAGGAUUUGCUAAUAUGGUUCUGCUCCUAAUGGGCACAGAACAUACCAGAUGGGAAUG